CAACACGUACGUAGUGUUACCACUUACCAUUAUAUAAACCAAACUAAGCCUUCAAAGCCAUAAACUUCUUCUCUGCCUCUUUCUUUUCUCUCUCAUCAGAACUAUUUAGCUACCUUCCCUUUUACGUUUUUCUUCAGAAAGAUGAGUUUCGCUGAUGCUGGAAGUCGUCUCUCCGAUCAAAACAAUCUCCGCGAAACGGAACUAGGGUUUCCGGACCGGAGCGUUCGAGAAUUAGGACGAGAUCAAGAUCUAGACAUAACCAAUUGCUCACCCGAAGUAGUAAAAGUAAAGAAGGAAGAAGAAGAAGAUUGCUGUAAGACUCCGACACGUCUUGAUCAAAUUCUCCCGGCGAUCCCACAAACCUGUCCGCCGGCGCCGAGGAAACCUAAGGGAGUCCCGUCGAGGAGUUUGAAGGUUAGAAAUUGUUAUAAAAGCAGGAGAAUGAUCAUUCUGAAUGUUUCUAGAGAAUUCGACUGUAUGUUUCAUUCAACAUCUCUGUGUAACAAGAUUAAAAAGGCCAGACAUAUUUGAUGUUUCAUAUGGUAUCAUGUAUGUAUAACGUACGUAUAGCUCAUGUAACCAAAUUGUAAUAAACUACGUACGAGUUAUAUAAUAAUGUAGUGACAUUUUAUUUUUA